UCUCCAAUUUUCCACACCUGCGCACUGCUUCUUUUGUAAUCGUCUUCUGCGGAGCUUAGCUUCGUUGCUGUUUUCAGCCGUGUUUUGAUCAAUUGGAAAUUUGCGGCAGCUGAAAAGAGUAUUUUAUUGGAUGUGGCUUAUUUGAUGAUUUUUGUUUGUCUACCUAUCGCUGUUAUUUCGCUCUCUUCGUGUCUGACUUGUUUGGCGAUUUUAUUGGAUAGGAAAGUUGCUUCAUUUUGUUCCACUUUUCGAUGAAUCCUAAAAUCUGAUUAAAUAUUCUUUAUAUUACUCUCUGCUGCUUCUUUUUUGUGUUGGCAGGAUGUUAGAUUUUUGCUGUAAUGGUUGAUAACGAAAUGUUGGUAAAAUGUGUGUUACUGCGGAGAAUUUCGUAGGAUCUCUUAUUAACAGAAGUUUCGGUUUUUUUAUACACCACUGUGCAAGUGACUUGAAACGAGAACUUCGCGGCUUGUAUGUUUUAAAUUUCAUGAUGUAACUGCCCGAAGGUUUUAUUUAAAUUCAAUCGAAUUAUUUCAUGGUCAGGGACGUAGGUUUAGAACACUCUGAAACGGAAUGAAGCAAUCAAAGGAUCCAUUUGAAGCAGCAUAUGAGGAGCAAGAGGAUUCACCGCCAGAAUCGCCAGAUGAAGCAUUUGAAACACAAAACCCUAGUGCUGUAGGCGUGCAGGGUACCUUCGUUGGCCAAGAAGAUGACAUCUCGAAUAGUAAUGGUACUAAAACGGCGGCCCAAUUCACUCCGGCUACUAAAUUUCUCUCAGCUGGGACUAGCAGCGGGCCCACGACCAAUGCUGCUAAGAAUAAAGAAGACGAGGAUGAGGAGGAGGAAGAGAACAUGGAUGUUGAACUUGGCAAGCUCCCAUCAAGCGGCGACCCUGAUAAAAUGGCCAAGAUGCAGGCCAUAUUAUCACGGUUCACUGAAGAACAAAUGAGCAGAUAUGAGUCCUUUCGAAGGGCUGGAUUUCAGAAAGCUAACAUGAAAAGGCUGUUAGCAAGCAUUACCGGAACCCAGAAAAUUUCUGUGCCAAUGACGAUUGUAGUGUCAGGGAUAGCAAAGAUGUUUGUCGGUGAUGUUAUUGAAACAGCUAGAAUAGUCAUGAAAGAGAGGAAAGAAUCUGGGCCAAUCCGGCCUUGCCAUCUGAGAGAAGCAUAUAGGCGACUAAAGCUUGAAGGAAAAGUCUUCAAGAGACCAGCGUCUAGGCUCUUCCGAUAGGUGGAGCAGAUUGUGGAUGUAAUGUGAUUGAAAGCAAAGCUGAACAGGAGGACAGGACACUUUUUUUUCCCGGUGGCAAAGAAGGUAGCAGCAAGAAUUGAAGAUCGAAAGAGUCGGGGUUUUGUCUUUGUGACAGCUUCUGUAGAUAGAGUAUUGAUCAUAGUUGCGUAAUUAUGUUGACAUUUAUUUUCAGCUGAAAUGUGGUCUGAACAAAUGUUACUUGUGGAUAGUGUAUUGAAGUAUCAUGGCAAAACGAAAUUUGAUGGUUCUCCGUCAAUAAAAAAAAAAAAAAGACAUCUGACGCUUGUUGAGCCUGCUAUGACCCUGUAGACGUUUAAUUGUAUUUAUAUUCUUAUGUAAGAUUGAUAGGGGGUUAUAUGA